UUCUAUUCUGGAAUUAUUCCCCAAGUUAUUACGCCUGGAUGACCAGGAGUCACCUAGACCAACUCUCUAUGCCACUGAAGCGUGCAAGAAGUUAUUGACCUGCAAGGGAAGCUUCUUUGGAUCUGUGACAAUGAAGAGUAUGCUACUGCAAUUCCUGAAGCAGUAUUACAUGAUCUAUGACUCUAGAGACCGACAGAGUCUCCUCUGUGCUUACCAUGAUGAGGCCUGCUUCUCCCUGACUAUUCCCUCCAAGCUCAAGAACCCAGACCCGAGAAGCUUGUGUGAGUACUUCAAGGAAAGUAGCAAUAUGCGGAAGCUUAAGGACCCCUACCCGUGGAGGCAGUUGAUGAAGCACACAAAACAAGACAUUGUGGACACCCUCAGCGUGUUGCCUAAAACUCAGCAUGAUCUCAGCUCCUUCGUCGUGGACAUGUGGUUCCAGACAGAAUUAAUGGUUUGCUUUUCUGUCAAUGGGGUGUUUAAGGAAGUGGAAGGAAAGUCUCAUGGUUCUGUUCAUGCCUUUACCCGGACAUUCAUUGCUAUGCCUACUAGCAACUUCAGCCUAUGCAUUGUGAAUGACAAGCUGUUCGUAUGGGAUUCCAGCCCCCAAGGGAUCCAGAGAAAUUUCUCUAUCCCCAAAUUCAAACCUUCCUCCAGCUCCAUUCCCAAUCUCUCCCAGGAGCAACAGGACAUGGUGCGGGCUUUCUCUGCCCAAUCUGGAAUGAAUCUUGAGUGGUGUCAGCAGUUCCUUCAAAACAAUCACUGGGACUAUAAAAGAGCUGCACAGGUUCUUGCUCUGUCCAAGGCCAAGGGCUAGAGGCCUUUAUGAAGUGACUCAUGGCUCAGAGGAGGCCUUCACACAGACUGAUGCAGAAUCCUGACAGCAAAGUUCUGAAAUGAACUCUUUGGUGGUCAUAAUUUUCAUCUUUAUCAUCUUUGUUGCAUUUUUAUUCCAGUAUGAGCAUUUCUCUGUGACUUAACUAGGAGUUUGGACUAUUUUGGGGCUGCAAAGCUAAAGCCUGUCUUGUAGCAAUGACUCUCAUCCACCAAAGGACUAGUUGUUCUUCGUAUAUGGCCCCCACCCCCCACUUCAGUAUUUUUGUUUCUUUUCAUAAUACAGAGUGAUAUUGUCUAUUACAUAAAGUCUCUGCAAAAUUCAUUGAGGCAGAUAUUACUAUCUCUGUCCUGCAGAGGAGGAAAAGAACACUCAGAGGGAAUAAACAUCUGAGAAAUGGUGGAGUAGAGACUCAAGUCCUGAACCCAUUUGGACAGAGUUGUGCUCCAGAGGGCUGUGUGACAUCUGAGGUGGAAAAUGUUAACCUUGGUAAACCUGGGGCUGAUGAAAUAUCAAAUAUUUUUAUGCAAAGAAUAAUAUUACUUUAUUAUCCAUACAAAUCUAUUCAAAUUUUGAAACAACCCAUUUGGAGGAAAACAGCAUUAAAUAGCACAUAAAAACAUGGGAAGAAAAAAUUGCAUGCUUGUACUACUGACAUAGAAUAAAUAUCCUUGAUAUACAAAGAAAUAAGGAGAGAGAGAAGGGAAGCUGCUAUCUAUCUUUAAUUGUUAUUAAAAGUAGUAGUAAUGUCCAAUAACUGUAUGAAUAGCUAUCUAAUCAUAACAAAUAGAAAAACA